AUGGUGAUCCCGGCGGCCAUCUUGCACCCGCCCUUUUACGUGGCGACCUACCCGAAGUCCUACAACCUGGGUAGCCUGGGCCACGUGCUUGGUCACGAGAUGACGCACGCCUUCGAUCCCGAGAUGGGACUCUACGACCGCAGCGGCCAGCGCAAGGAUUGGUGGACUUCUGGGUCUCGGGUGGAGUUCGAGAAUCGUCUGGACUGCCUGCGACGAAUGUACAACACCAUUCCGUGGGCGGAGGGUGUCGCGCAUGGAGACUACGCGCUCUCCGAAAACUUUGCCGACUCGGGAGGUCUCCUCAAAGCGUACAGAGCUUUCCGGGCCGCGAAAGCCGGAUCCCGACCAGCGGCGCCUGCAAGUCUUGCGAGCUUCACGGAUGAGCAGAUGUUCUUUCUGAGUAGUUGCUUCAAGUGGUGCUCAGCGGAAGACAAGGAAAGUGCCGGAUCGUACUCGCCACCCAGACUCCGCUGCAAUGUGCCGCUCAUGAAUAUGCCGCAGUUUGCUGCGGCGUUCCACUGCGGCCCGGGAAAGGCCAUGAAUCCUUCGACUCGGUGCGACUUCAUGUGA